AAAUGACUUCCAGGCUAGCACAUUCCCGGGAUCUCUUUCCGGUUAGCCCGGGAGUGUCCGCGUGAGAGUUGGAGAUUUCAUGCUGCCGGGGCUGGGAGGUGCUAGUCCACCGCGCUUAAUUCGAGAGGUGUCCCAGCUGAGAGACUAGGAUGUCGGACACGUGGAGCUCUAUCCAGGCCCACAAAAAGCAGCUAGACUCGCUGCGAGAGAGGUUGCAGCGGAGGCGGAAGCAGGACUCCGGGCACUUGGAUCUACGAAAUCCAGAGGCAGCACUGUCUCCCACCUUCCGCAGUGACAGCCCAGUGCCUACUGCACCCACUUCUGGUGGCCCUAAGCCCAGCACAGCUUCAGCAGUUCCUGAGCUAGCUACAGACCCUGAAUUAGAGAAGAAAUUGCUACACCACCUCUCUGAUCUGGCCUUAACAUUGCCCACUGAUGCUGUGUCCAUCCGUCUUGCCAUCUCCACGCCAGAUGCCCCUGCCACUCAAGAUGGGGUAGAAAGCCUCCUACAGAAGUUUGCAGCUCAGGAGCUGAUUGAGGUAAAACGAGGUCUCUUACAAGAUGACGCACAUCCCACUCUUGUGACCUAUGCUGAUCAUUCCAAGCUCUCUGCCAUGAUGGGCGCUGUGGCAGAAAAGAAGGGCCCUGGGGAGGUAACAGGGACUAUCACAGGGCAGAAGCGGCGUGCAGAGCAGGACUCAGCGACAGUAGCUGCCUUUGCUAGCUCUUUGGCCUCUGGCCUGGCCUCUUCAGCAUCAGAAGCAGCCAAGGAGCCAACCAAGAAAUCGAGGAAACAUGCUGCCUCGGAUGUUGAUCUGGAGAUAGAGAGCCUUCUGAACCAACAGUCUACUAAGGAACAACAGAGCAAGAAGGUCAGUCAGGAGAUCCUAGAGCUAUUAAACACAACAACAGCCAAGGAACAGUCCAUUGUUGAAAAGUUUCGAUCACGAGGUCGGGCCCAAGUACAGGAGUUCUGUGACUAUGGAACCAAGGAGGAGUGCAUGAAAGCCAGUGAUGCCGACCGGCCUUGCCGCAAGCUGCAUUUCAGACGAAUUAUCAAUAAACACACUGAUGAAUCAUUAGGUGACUGCUCUUUCCUUAACACAUGUUUCCACAUGGACACCUGCAAAUAUGUUCACUAUGAAAUUGAUGCUUGCAUGGAUUCUGAGGCUCCUGGGAGCAAAGACCAUACACCUAGCCAAGAGCUUGCUCUUACACAGAGUGUUGGAGGGGACUCCAAUGCAGAUCGACUCUUCCCUCCUCAGUGGAUCUGUUGUGAUAUCCGCUACCUGGACGUCAGUAUCUUGGGCAAGUUUGCAGUUGUGAUGGCUGACCCACCCUGGGAUAUUCACAUGGAGCUGCCCUAUGGGACCCUGACAGAUGAUGAGAUGCGCAGGCUCAACAUACCAGUACUGCAGGAUGAUGGCUUUCUCUUCCUCUGGGUCACAGGCAGGGCCAUGGAGUUGGGCAGAGAAUGUCUGAACCUCUGGGGUUAUGAACGGGUAGAUGAAAUUAUCUGGGUGAAGACAAAUCAACUGCAGCGCAUCAUUCGGACAGGCCGUACAGGUCACUGGUUGAACCAUGGGAAGGAACACUGCUUGGUUGGUGUCAAAGGAAAUCCCCAAGGCUUCAACCAAGGUCUGGAUUGCGAUGUGAUCGUAGCUGAGGUUCGUUCUACCAGUCAUAAACCAGAUGAAAUCUAUGGCAUGAUUGAGAGACUAUCCCCUGGCACUCGCAAGAUUGAGUUAUUUGGACGACCACACAAUGUGCAGCCCAACUGGAUCACCCUUGGAAACCAACUGGAUGGGAUUCACCUAUUAGACCCAGAUGUGGUUGCCCGGUUCAAGCAAAGGUAUCCAGAUGGUAUCAUCUCUAAGCCUAAAAAUCUAUAGAAGCACUUCCUUAUAGAGCUAAGCACCUAAACCCAUGGCUCUGCAGGCUGCAUCUGAAGAGUAAUAUUUGUACAAUAGUUUCCCCCCCCCCUUAUUUAAAUAAAAGUUUGUAUUGUAGUUGGGAUUUCAAGGUCAAAAUCUGGCCGUGCCACUAA